AUGGAGACAAAUCUGGACACAAUUGGAAACAUGAAUCUCUUGGAGCUCAUGAUUCCGGGCACUCAUAAUAGCGGCAGUUAUGACAGAUUCAAUCAUAAGGACAAUACACUUAUGAAUAAAUACUCGUUAUGUCAGGACGAGAAUGUGUUCAAUCAACUCGUUUACGGCAUCAGGUUUUUAGAUCUAAGGGUUGCUUACGAUGUGGUGGCCGGCAAUAAGUCUAAGCUAUGGCUAGUCCACGGACCCGUCCCUAUGAAACACACCCUCGACUCUGUACUUCUUCAGGUGAGACGCUUCAUAGAUAUGGCGCCCAAAGAAGUGGUGGUCAUUGACUUCCAUCGGUUCGAGAAAGGCUUCAAUAAAGACGAGAUAUCGCAGCAAUUGAUUAGAAGACAUCACCGGAAAGUGUAUUCACUGAUUGCCAAACAUUUGAGGGAUUAUUUAGUGCCACAGAAUAUGGGUCUCCACUCGACGCUCAACCAACUGAUCGCAAAAAACAAGAGAAUAAUUAUUGGCUACUCGUCUGACCACUACUUAACGGAUAAGACAUUUGUUUUCCCAAAAACCAAGCACUUGUGGCCCAACACAGACGACAUCGAGGAGAUGGUCGAGUAUUUUAACGAAACUCUUUGCGACAGUUAUCCCAAUCAGUUGUUCUCAGCGAUGGUUCAGUUGACUGCAGACAAGUUCGGUAUUAUUAUCGACAGAUACGACGGUUUGCGGGCAAUGGCACAGACCGUCAAUCAU